UUUGUGACUGUUGGCAGAAAGAAACAGUUUUUGUUCAUCGUCUGAGAAAAAGUUUAUUGUAUUCGUAUGCAAUUGCGAUAAGUGUUUUUUUAAAACGGAACUGUAUGUUAAUUUUCGAAAGCCUUUAGAUAGUGUGUGACAUAUAAACCAAACAAAAUGUCCUUUGCGGAGAAAAUCACAGGUUUGCUGGCGCGGCCGAAUCAAGCAGAACAAAUGGGCGGCAUAGAUGCGCCAUGGUACAUGAAGUAUGGUGGACGAUUAUUGGGUAUCGUUGGCGCUUUCUUCUGCAUACUAUUUGGUCUGUGGAAUGUCGUCGGCAUACUCCUGCUCAACGUUUCCUGCCUCAUCUCGGGCAUCAUACAAAUGGUGGUUGGGUUUGUAGUGAUGGCACUGGAAGCGCCCUGUUGCUUCUUCUGCAUAGAAUAUGUAAAUGAUAUAUCCAAUAAAGUGGAAGCACGCCCCUUAUGGAAUCGUGCCGCCUUCUAUUGCGCCAUCGCACUUCCGCCAAUAAUUUUGUGCCCUGGCCUAGGUAGUAUUUUCGCAUGUGGUCUUAUAUUUGGCACUGGCGUGAUAUAUGGCCUCAUGGGAUUAGGCAGAAAGGCUUCCGCCGAUGAAAUGCGUCAAGCUGCUGUACAAUCUGGCCUGGCGGGCACACCCACGGGCGCCACAACGAACGAUCGCGCCAGCAUUGUGAACAACGCACAACCGUUCUCCUUCACCGGCGCCGUGGGCACAGACAGCAAUGUGUGAUAGCGUAGAAAUGACUGCAAAAGCAAAAACAAAAAACAAAGCAAAAUGCAAACCAUUGGAAGCGUUGUAGAGAGAAAAAAGUUGACAAAUGCCAAACAAAAAUGAAAAAGUAAAAAUAAGAACAGACAAAACCAGGAUUGUCCUGCCGCUCAAACGCUGCUCACUUCACACUAGAUAUGUAUGUGCGCCCCGGACUAUGUUGCAUAACUCCGAAAUCUAAGUGGCGACCUUGCAGGUGUAGUGCAAGUAUGCUGUGACAUUCCUGGCGCUGAAAUGAUUUGUGGAAUUCGCGUGAAAGAUCUCUGCCAACUCCGUUUGAAAACACCUUCAUUGGUUUUACUGCAUUACAUUGUUAACUGUUAGCUUGCUAAAUAUAUAACUUUUCGGAUGUUUAAAGUAAUGAGGAUGGUUAAACUUGAAAAUUGCUUUGUUGCUAAUUUCCUAAAUAUAAAUGCAUACUUAAUUUCUAUUUGUUUAUUACUCUAAUGUUUAUUGUUUACAUUUUGACAAUCUACAUUUUAAGCGCUUCAUACAAACUCUGCACACAUACAUGCGCAUACGCUUUAAUCACACAUUUAUACAUAUUUAGAUAUUAUUUUUUGUUUUGUUAAAAAAAAAAUAUUUCUAAUCUGUUCAUUUUGCCAAUAAUUGCGUAAGCUGUUAUCCUAUUGUACUCGUAACGAAAUUUUUGCAUUCCAUUUGUGCAAGUGAAAAUCUUCUUAAGUUUGAGAGCAGCGAAGUCUGGCAAGAAUUUGACAAUUUGUGUCUAAACUACGGAAAAUGUCUUUUAAAUUGCAAUGUUUAUUAACGAAAGUGUUUUAUUCUUCUAUCUUACGUGUUGAAAUUGACUUAAGUUACUUAAACUAUAUCAAAUUAAAUAUUUCAUGUGUCUUCGUAGUGAAAUUCAUCAACGUACUUUUCACGUUUCAUGCUAACUUAAUAAAAAAUAUUUUACGCGCAAAAAUCUAGUUGAAUAUUUCCGAAAUUUGUGUGUUUAAAAUAUUCGCUUGUUCGUAAACAACUAUAAAAAAAAUAACUAAAUGUUGAUCAAACUAAAUAAAAAUCUUCAUACAAUAUAAUAGGCAAGCUAAGAAACAAAAACAAAACAAAAAAGUCAGCGCAUCUAUGAAUUGUAUUAUCUUAAUAUUAGUCAUAUAUAGUUAAAUAAAUGUAAUAUUUUAUUAAACAAAAAAAAAAUAAAAAA